AUGGCUCGGGCGGCAUGGCUGUUCUCCGCCAUCAAAUGGGACUGGCUCCGCCCUAAAUUUAUAGGCACACUACAGGCAACCACUGCCAGCCCAGGCCUAGAAAGGAAAUCCAAGAACAUCAUCGUCGAAGCGGCGACGGCGGCGGACGAGACGAACUCUCUGCGGGCCGUGGAUCUCGUGGUGCUCGUGUCCAUGCUGGUCGAGGUACACCUGUACCUGACGGAGGAGCACUCGCAGGACAUCCACGAUGGCAAGGAGGAUGAUGAUCUUGGCGGCUGUAUGAAGGAAGAAGACCAGGCUGGCGUUUUUGGUCAUCGGGGACUUGAGAGCGAUUAG